CAUCUUCCUUUCUUCUAUACCACCACGUAGAACGUGAACAUUACUAUUUCCAACAUGUCUACAUCGCUCUUGACAGUUCCUAGUCUGCUGGACAGAUUCUCUUUAUCAUCCUCUUCGCAGUCUUCAUCGUCAUCCUACUCGUUCUUUGGAAGCAACAUCGACGGCUUUUCCGAUUCCCAUACAGAACCAGAACCAGAACCUCAAAGUCCUCUAUCGUCCAAACAAGAUAUCAAAACCAGGGUCAUCUCGCCUCAAGUUCAUACCACGCCCAAGCCCAGCCACUCUCUAGUGAGGCGAAUACUGGACAAUGAUCGUGGUUACGAGUCGGAUCUGGAGGAAAAUAAGAACGCCACCGCCCCACGGCGAAAGAAGGCUAAGAAAAAGCGUAUUCGGCAACAGCAGAUGUUUGGGCAACUCUCACUGGCGGAAGAACCGCUGGUUGGAUUAGGCUUGAAUCUCAAGCGUCCGCCGCCGCCAAAAGGUUCAAGAAUUACAAGACCUGCUGUGCCACAAAAGCCUGUUCUCCACGCCACUGACCUUCUCAAUUCACCAUCUCCAGUGAUACCGCUUCCUUCCCCUGUCGUUUCGUUGACCAAGUCACUCGAUCCAAUUCGACCUGUCGACUCAACUUCUUCGGUCUCACCUCUUCUGAUGUCUUCGCCGCUUCUUGUUUCCACUGUCUUUCAAAGGCGUGCACCGAGUUCCCCUUUGCCGCUAUCUCGCUUAUGAGACCAAGACGUUUUCGCACUCCGUUGGAUCACUGAAUGGGUGGAGGGUUGGAAGGGGUAGGUCCGUCAUCAUGUCGGCCUCAGGGAAAUCAUGGUUAAUCCAAGGUUCUGGUGUUAUCGAGCAGAUUAUCCUUUGAUCCUUUGCGUGUAUAGUCAAACCUCUUGAAACCUAAAUAAGUAUCUGGUUGGUGCC